AUGAGUCCAGAAGAAAAUAAUAAUAUGCUCGUUGUAAGAGAUUCCAAUGGGAAACCGGUCGAUAAAAAUAAUUUAAAAAAUAAUAUAAAAAUAAUUUUUACCGAUUUAGAUGGAACAUUAUUAAAUGAUAACAGUAAAGCAUCCGAAUUAAAUAUAGAAAGUUUAGUAAAGGCAAAAAAUAAAGGAAUAAAAAUAGUUUUUGCUACUGGCCGUCCAAUAUUUUCAGCUAAUGAUGUAAUAGGAGAAGAUGUUAAAAAAAAUAAUUUAAGUUUGAUGCCAGGAAUAUAUUUAAAUGGUUGUAUCACUUAUGGACCGAAUGGUGACAGAAUAAUUGAUCAUUAUAUAAAUGAAAAUUUAAUAAUGGAUAUAUAUAAUUUUUCAAAAGAACACAAUUUAGUUAAACAUAUAGUUUGGUAUAGUUUAGAAAAAACACAUACGUUUGAAAUAAAUGAACAUAUUGAGGAAUACAUGACAGUUGAAUGUAUAAAACCUGAUAUUAUUGAUGAAGAAAAAUUAAAAAAUACAAAAAUAUAUAAAAUUUUAAUUAGCUUAAAUGAACAAAACUUAUCAAAUAUAUUAAAAAUUUAUCAAGACAAAUUUUCAGAUCAAAUUUGUGUAGCUAACACAUUUAAAACAUAUGUAGAAUUGUUUCAUCAUAAUACAAAUAAAUUUGAAGGUGUAAAAGCAUUAUGUAAAUAUUUCAAUAUAAGCUUAAGUGAUGCAUUAGUUAUAGGAGAUGGUGAAAAUGACGUAGAGAUGUUACAGGGUGUAGAAAAUUCAAUAGCAGUACACAAUGCUUCUAGUAAAAUAAAACAACUCGCAAACUACGUAGGUCCAUCAAACAAUGAUAAUGCAUUACAUCAUGCAUUACGAACAUUUUGCAACAUUUAA